AUGAGUUUACUCUCAGGCUGUAUUCAGCCACCACUGCUCACACUCCUUUCAUCAACAUCAUCCCCCUCAAUUUCACCUCUUUUUAGACCGACGAUUGACUCCUGUCCAGACUCGAGUAUAUCCACACUACAGGAUACCUCAUCAUACCAAGCCUCAACGUCCUCGAAACUUGUACCGCAUGACAGACCAAAGGGCUGUAUAUCACAUGAAGUCAUACACAUUCAAUCGCCGAACCCUAAAAAUACAUAUAUUCAAGCUGGAUGUUCAGUGACUGAGUAUAAGAAAAGCCUCAAUAAAGGUAAAAGCAAAGAUGAAGGAUAUCUCCCACUAGGUGUAGAAAUGCCGUGGAUGGGGCUACAGGUGAAACGAUUGGGAAAGAGGGGAAUGUCUUAUGAGAUUGGAUUAGUGGAUAAUAGGGGUAAAGAGGGAGUAAUUAGAUUUUCUAGUUUCAAAAAAAAUCCAACCGUUCAUCCGUAUCGAUCCCCACCCAUGAUACAUCUACCUCUCCAGCUCCCUCUACAGACUUCCUCGACUCUCACACCAUGGAUGACCAUCCCGAUUCAUCUCGCGCCGCUUAUCCAACUAUUCCACUCAUUGCCUAGACCACAGCGUCAUGCAUCAGAUGACGAAGAAGAUGAAGCAUCAAGGAAACGAAGGAAAGUGGCAGAAUUGCCAAAUGGUUCCUUCGGUAGUGUAUCCUAUGUAAGAAUUUAUGCGAAUUGUAGAAUAAGGAGAAUAUGGUUCUCAGCAGAAGGUGAACGGACUAUACAAGGAAUGGGUAAAGGAGUCAGGGACGAGUGGGAACUUUAUGCGGCCGACGACAUCAGCUGA